AAGUUUAAAAGUGCAAAAGUCAACAAACAGCCAGACUGAAGAUGAAGGACCCGCUGGGCACUUGCACUUACAACCUGCUGUACCAGGAUCUCAAGAGAUUCUCAAAAAAUGGGGAGUCCUUUUGCAAAGAACUUGUUACAGUAUUCCAGCAAAGAUCCGAGUUGGAGAUCAACUACGCCAAAGGGCUGCAGAAGUUGGCAGGAAAACUCAUCAAAGUAUCCAAAACGAUGAGUAAUAACUCUACAUACAACGCAUGGUCCUUUCUCUCAAAUGAGAUGUUCACAGUAGCAGAUGCACACAGAAAACUGGGGCAAGCUCUACAACAAGAUGUCAUCUUGGAAAUUCGCCAAAUUCUGGACGAACAUACCAAGAGGAAGAAACCACUGGACAAUGCCAUUGAGAAAUCUGGCAAACUUGUUGUCACAAACUGGAAUGAACAACUGAAGGUGAAGAAAAAGCUGAGUGGGUUAACCAGAGAGCAUGAGGCACUCUUCAGUUUUGUGGAAAAGAACAAACACAUCUGCACAGAGAAAGAGAAACAGAAGAUGUUUAACAGACUGACUAAGUCUGCUGAACUUCAAGCCAGAGUUGAUGAGAACUACUUCAAUAUGAACAUGGAGGGCCACCAGAUUCGAGUGAAGUGGGAGAACACGCUCAAAACCUGCUAUCAGAUCAUGCAAGAGCUUGAGAAGCAAAGGAUAGAGGCUCUGUGCAACACACUGAAUAAGUGCAGUCUCCACACGUCCAGCUACAGCAAAACGCUUCUUCAUAGUGAGCAACAGACUGAACAGGCCAUCAGGAGAGUGGACGUGGAGAAGGACCUCCAAACUCUGGUGGAAGACACCUGUGUUACAGCAGACAAUAACAAGGCUGAAUUUCUAAUGGCUGAUUACUUUGAGGAGGAUGGGAGAACAAUAAUGGGAAAAGAAAGAAGAAGGAACGCUUUAAAGAUUAAACUCCAGCGCCUGGAAGAAUGGAUCACGAAAACCAAGAAAGACAAAGAAGGGCUAGAGAAGAUGUCAGUGGUGUAUUCUGAAAACACCUCACACUCGAGUCUAAAAAACCUGGAGGAAACAGAGCAGCUGCUUGAUGAGACCACUUUAAAAUUGGACCUUCUGGAGGCUACACACUGCAAACUCAACCAAACUUUAAUGGAUUUAGAGGGAAAACCAAAGCUGUUACAUCGGUUCAGUGACAGCAUCACAAAAUCCAAAGAUAAGGAUUGUGAGCACAGCGUUGUGAAACUGUCUCGGCCAGUUAAAAUAAAAAAGACACCGUUCAGAUCACGCCAGUCUUUGAGGACUUCAAUCAUGUAUAAAGGCCCUGCUAAAAAUGGAGCAUCCCGCCAGGACCCUGCUCCAUCUACCAGACCUGGCACUGCAUCAGCACAACUCAGCCUCUACACAGAGCCUCAGAGAACUGAGCUUAACGGAGCUCUGCCUCACUAUGAAAAUGAAGAUGGUGAAGGAGCUGCUUGUUACAGUCUCUGUAAAUGCAAGGCUUUAUAUGACUUCUCAUCAGAGAAAAUGGACGAGUUAAACAUUAAAGAAGGAGAUCUUCUUGACGUCCUUCUCAAGGACGACAGUGGAUGGUGGUAUGGAGAGCUAAAUGGGGAGAGAGGUCACUUUCCCUCUACGUAUGUUGAGGAACUACCUGUCUUACAUAUGCCAAAGUCUUCUGUUGCUUAACUAAUGGAAAGGAUGAUUCAUUAUACAUUAUUUAGGAGUCAACUUGAUAUUAGUAUAAGAUCCAGUAAUGAGUCAAGUAUUUAUAGGUUGAAGCACUGUGUACAUCCUUGUUCUUUUGAUAAUACAGGCUGAAUUUUUAUUUGAGCCUGGAGGGUCACCUGCUCCUACUUUUGUUCUGUUGAUUUGUGGUCACUAGCAGGCUCAACACAUUCAAGAAUCAGACAUUAGGAACAGCUUAUGAAACAACUAGAUGAACUUUGUAGCUAUGGUGACACUUUGGUGAAUAACUAAUUAUAUCUGCUUACAAUUUUCCUCUCAUUUCAUCAAUAGUUGAAAGAAAAUGUUUAAUGUUAGCAUUUCUGCAGGAUUGUUUAAUUAAAAAAGUUAAUUAUGUAGGUACAACACAUUGCGUUUAAUCAAUAGUGGGAUGCUGUGUUAGUGUGUUUUGUACAUUAUUGAAAAUAAUGUAAUUUUUAAAAAUGUCUCUGCACUUAUUCAAGAAGCACCAGAUGUAAAUAAACCAAAAACAUAUAAA